UUUUUUAUCCUUGUUCUAUAAAAUUUGAUCUGUUUAGUGUCGUUCAUUUGGUUGAAUUCGUAUAAACACUUAUAAAAUUACGUUACAGUUACAAUUAUUUGGUCAGUAGCUCAUUGACAACGGUUUGGUGAAGACGAGCAAACAAUGGCUGCUGCAGGAAGUACGAGUGCCGGCACAAUUUUGCAGAAACUUGGUUUGAAGCCAAUUACGAAAUGUAGUCUCGUAAAAUUUUACACUCCUGCUUUCGGUGUUGCCUCAUACACUGCAUUGUCUAUCAACGUGAUGAAUCCCAGUCUUGUCAUUAGGAUCUUUCCAAAGAAAGAUAUUACAAAUUUCUUACUGGGAAGUGCUCUUCUUGGCACUGGCUCGUAUAUAUAUACUCGUGACCAUAUGAAAAGUGCCCCCACAGGUGUAAAAAUCUUAUACAGUACUGCCGGUGCUGUAUUGCUGAGCUUUGGAUCAGUUUUAGUAUGGGCGGUACUUCGUUCCAUAGUACCACCUAAUCCAACUCUUUGUACAAUAAUUGGCAUUGGUUCUGGACUUGCAUUCAUUAAAGUUGGUUCUAGUUAUUUGAACUUUGUUGAUGAGCAGAUAUCAAAAAAGUAGAUAAAAGUACUUUUUGUAAUUGAUGUAUAAUUAAUGUAUACUAAUUGCAUCUAAACAAAAAGUUCAUAAUAAUACAACAUAAAAUAGUGGAUUAUAUUGAAUUAAGAAUAAGGAAAGAAAACAUUAAGCAAAGAAUUCUUGAAAGUUUACAAAUUUUUAUAUUUUCUAUAAUCUUUGCUCUAUAUAUACUAAAAUAUUCUGAUGCUGAAUUGUGUUAAAAAUAAUUAUGAACUAUUAAUUUUACUUUAUCUUUGUUAACUAUUUACAAGAUCUGACAAUUAUAUAGAGAAUACAUAAAAAUUUAUAUAUUAUUACUUACUAUUAUUUUACAUAAAAUGUGUAAAUGGUAAAAAAUUAAUUUCCUGACAUGCAAAAUAUAUUUCAUAUUUUCUCUGUAUACAUGAAAUUAUGACUUAUAUGUUAAAAAAAAGCAGAGAAACAAAUUUUAUAAUUGUUUAAAGUAUCUUUGUAACAUAAAUGCAUUUUUCAAGGCAUAUAUUUCAUCUAAGUAAUUGAUUAGCAGUAAUGGUAGAAAUGUGCGAUUUUUUUAGCAGUUUUAAUAAAUAUCAUACCAGAAAAAAAAUUCAAAGAAUUUUAUGUUACAAACAUUCAGUUUUAUAGAAUUUGGAAUCAACGUAAGUAUGAUAAAUUAAAAACAAUUAUUUAUAUACACAGAAUUAUUUUUCAAAAGAAAAAAUGUAUGCUUUUCAAAAUUGUAUAUGCAUGCACUGGAACAGGAAAUUGUAUUACUUCUGUAAUAAAUUAAAUUGCAAAUUUAAAUUGAUAAUUUAUGAAUAUUUUUACUUAUGAAAAUAAUUUUUUUAUAUUUUACCAAAAAAAGAUUUUUUAUUUUAUUAAUAA